UUCUGCGCCGCUUGGCAGGCUGAUUAUGGAAGAGGCUCACAAAAGCAGCAGUAACAAUUCAGCAACACCCCCACAAGCAGCAUCUUUACAAGGUACCACGCUACAAGCAGCUCAGCUUUCUCGUAUUUCCCAACAGGUAAAGAAAGCUAUCUAAGAUUUGGAAAAUGAUCUUACUUGGGCUGAAAAUCAUGUAUGUUUUGAGUGGCACAUUACCCCUGAGGACAUCUAGUGUGAACUCGUGUUAAAUGUACACAGUAACUCACUUCUGCUUGGGGCGCCGUAGAAGAUGGCUGAAAAUAACAUCUCUCGGGCUCCCACGGGGUAAUCAGAGGCUGUAAUAGGAGUAAGCAGCCUCCCGAAAUCUUCCUGGGGGGUACAGGAAUACGCAGUCUCAUCCGCAGAUGCCCAUCAACCAGCUUCAACUUCGGAAGGAAGGAGGGGCUGGGGGCACUGGAUGGAAAGCCCCCGUGGGAGUCUGGAUCUCCUGGACGCUGAUUCUACGAGCGAACCAGGCUCCAUGGCUUAAGAGAAAAAUUGGAUAUAAGUUGUGGACAUGCUUCAGACGAGGAAGGAAGAUUUAUUCUGCUAAGCUCAGCCACUGAGAAAAUAAAGGAUAACGGGAAUGUUUACAUCAGAGCAAGAAAUGAUGUCCCUUAGAGGUCAAACUCCACUGACAGUGGUUCAGCUCUCUGGGGAUCAAGUCCAGGGAGUCAUUCAUACAGCUCAAACCUCAUCUGUCAUUCACUCACCACAAGGGCAAUCAGUGCAGGUGUCUUUGUCAGAGAGUGACGAUUCACAAGAUUCCUCAGAUAGCAUAGGCUCUUCACAGAAAGCCAGAGGAAUCCUAGCACGCCGUCCAUCUUAUAGAAAAAUCUUCAAUGAUCUUUCUUCUGAAGACGCACGAGACAGGAAAGGAGAUGAAGCAAGUCCUGGUAUCUCUACUAUCACAUCAAUGUCUGUCCCUACGCCCGUUUACCAAACAAGCACUGGACAAUAUAUUGCCAUUGCUCCAAAUGGACCAUUACAGCUGAGCAGCCCGGCAACAGAGUGUGUGCAGGGUUUGCAGACCUUUACAAAUGCUGGUGGGACUCCGCUAUUACAGUAUGUACAGACAUCUGAUGGUCAGCAGAUACUUGUGCCAAGCAACCAGGUGGUAGUGCAGACUGCAUCAGGAGACAUGCAGACAUACCAGAUACGCAGCACACCAACCACCACUUCCCUCCCCCAGACGGUUGUGAUGACAGCUCCUGUCUCCUUGACAUCUCAGUCAACCAAGACGGAUGAUCCACAGUUGAAACGUGAAAUACGGCUGAUGAAAAACAGAGAAGCAGCUCGAGAAUGCCGUAGAAAGAAGAAAGAAUAUGUUAAAUGUCUUGAAAAUCGAGUUGCUGUUCUUGAAAACCAGAACAAAACUCUAAUUGAAGAACUAAAAACUUUGAAAGAUCUUUACUGCCAUAAAAAUGUGUAAAAGGAGAAAAAACACCUUUUGGGGAACAUAAGAAUUUCAGAAGGAAUUUUAUAUUAAUUUUUUUAAUUAAAGGUCAAAAAUGAAUCUCUUCUAUCCAAAUUCCACAAAGACUUCAGAUUCUGUUUAGAACCUUUGAUGGCAGAGUACAAAAAGGAAGCAUGAAAACUCGUGAAGAGUUCUGCUGGCACAACUGGAAUCUUCAUUUCAAUCAGGAUUAAGUGGGACUUGUACAUUCUGUCAAUCAAGAUGUUUGAAUUUCUUGUGCUACAGCUGAAUUUUUUUAAUGCCUGUGGCAUUUGAUUGCCAUUAUGCAGAAGAGCUGAAUCUUUUGCUUUCGGGUGUUAAUGCCUCUUAACGUAGCUAGCAUAGGUUCAAUUUAUUAAAUCUGAUAAUUAUUUUUUUUCUGCUCCCUUCACAGGCUAAGGAUCUUCACCACAUAGUGAAAGUGCAGCUAGCAGUAGGUUCUGCCCUUGGUCCAGUCCAUGUGUUGAAAUGCACAACUAUAGUAAGGAUCCGUAUGUGCCCGUGUGUGCAGCACUCACCUGUGAUUGGAAGGCCUACUUUUCCAGGGUUCCCAGUUGAGUGAAGACCUGCCACAAUUUUUAUUCCAACAUAUGGGGAUCAAAACCUGUUGCAGCCCACCAACAGGGAGAAGAAUCCUAAGAAAGCUGUCACAGUUCAUUGUACGUACAAUACAUUUGCUUCAAGUUGUCAAUUCUAAUCUCUGUGUUGAGAAGAUAUACACACUACUUUGCUAGAAAUUGCAUUUGCUUUUAGCAGGCAAGCAACUUUUUUUAAAAAAAGGGUGCUCUGUCUUACGAUGUGGUCAUAAGACUCCGUGAGGAGUAAAUAACAUAUAUCACGGUCUUGUUUGCAUGUCACAAUAAUCCAGUGUGGCUUCUUCCCAUUGUAUGGAGCUCAGGCAGGUCAAAUAAGCCACAGAACAGCUUGUCAUAUCGUCUAAACCUGCAGAGUGGUGGGAUGUAUUCAAACUGAAAGAUUGGAUUAUUGUGCCAUGAAAACCAGACCCACAUAUCAUUGCUUAUACAGAUGCUCUGAAAUGUUUAAUGCAAGAAAACAAAUGUUGCAGAAAAUAUUUUCAAAGGGCUUGUGUGUGUGUAUGUCACUGGGUAGAAAAAACAACAUCAUCUUGAGAUAAACAGAAAUGAUUGUUUCUAGUGAAUAGGCAUCACAUAUUCUGUUUGAAUAUACUUAUUUUGCUUGUAUAGAAGCAUUAAACAAACUCCAAAUUCCCUUGUCUCAGUUCAAAGCACAAAGCUAAAAUUAUAUACCAAAGGUAAAAUCUAGUAUGUUUAUAUAUGUUAAAGCACUCAAUUACAAAACUGAAUUUGUGAACCUGACAGUGACUUCUUAAAGCAAUUCCAAUUUUAUAAGUAAUCCAGUUGACAUAGACAAAAGGUAUAUUUUUGUAGUUGAAGUGUUACCUUUGCAAAUUCUAUAAUUGAGUUUAUAUGGAUAUUUUAAAUUUUUAUAAAGUUUCAAUAAACAGAUAUUUUCCCUCUUAGAUUAUCAAUUCUAUAUUUUUAUGAGAUGCUCAAGAAAACUAGAACCUAUUUCUAUAUAUUUCAUUAGGCAAAUUAAAUUUAACAAAAAUUGCUGAAGAUAUUUUUGAGAAAAUAGUUUAGUAUUCACAGAAGAUACAUUCAUUUAUAAUUCACUUUAAAGAUGCUGUCAGGGAUAAUAGUGUCAUUUUGGUUCUUGUUCUCAAGGAGUGUUAAAGUAUCUUUUAAUGAACUAAUUAAUUAACACAAGCAAUGUAGCCUUACUCUAGUUAAUUUUGAUUCAUUCCAGUUCAAUUUGAUUCAUUUCAAUUCAUUUCAUUCCUUUGAAAUGUUGCCACUAAAUGCAUUAGAGAGAGAAAAUAUAUCUAUUGCCAUUAUGGCACAGCAUUCCACACACUGUCCCAUUAACUCAUCCCCCCCCCCCGAUACUUGGUGGCUCUGGGGACCUCCCAGACAUGCCGAAAAAUAUUUGCUCAUAAACAUUUUUAGGACUCUUCCCCCUUCAAGAAUUGAGAAUAACUCUCACUCUCUGAGAGAUGCAAAAAUUUGAGCCUUUUCUUUGUAUGUAGGUAGGGGGGAAUUGUAACUAAGGCUCACAGUGCAAGCCUCGCCUUGGAGGCAAACAACCCCCAACUUUAAUUUCUAAUCCCUGAACCCAAUAUGCUGUUAUUAUUGUUUCCGAUAUCUUUGGAGCUAAAUUAAUGGGUAAUAAUGAGGAAUAUUUAUGGUUUAAAGUAUCCUGGAAAAGGAGUGAUACUAGGGUCUGGAAAUGCACACCCUGAGAAGCACAUAUGGUUUCCAUUAUCCCCCUUCUAACCUCUCUAAUACACCACAGGGAGGGAGAGCUAAAUAUAGACCCUCUACUACUCAGGCUCAGAACUAGGCAAGCAUCUUCUAUUUUACCUAGUACUUUUAAAGCUCAGCAGCCUGCACUGUAGGGCUGUUGUAGCAGCACAACAGAAUGCUGAGAUUCAAGACUCAUUUAGAACCAGAGCUCAGCAGUCUUAUUCUAAUGGGAGUAUUUGCGAAAUUUCUCAGCACCACAACCUGUACUGCUGAAAAGGGGAAUUACUGUGGAACUAUAGUAGACCCUGAUUUUACCCACACCCUCUAAAAAAGAAACUAUUGUCCUUUAAAAAAACAAAGUUGCAUUUGGAUAUUAAAUCAAAUAACGAAAUGCACCCUAAAUGAAAGGAAUGUGAAAUGUGGAAUAUUCAUGCAUAACCCAGCAAGUCUCCUGACUUUUGCACAUGCAAAAGCUUUGCUUUCUAACAUAACCUCCAUUCCAAAUGUCAAUCUAUUUUUGAAAAUCCCAUUUCAACUGUGGGUUAUAUGUUUUGUGUGGAGGCAGACGAGGGCUGGUCAGUGCCUUCCUCUGGAUUGCAACCAACAAAAGUACUGUGUGGUAUAAGUAUUUCACAACCUGGCCUGGAAUCUUCUAGCUAUUUGUGUACACUUAAUUUCUUGUGUGUGAGUUUCAGAGGAUUCAAACUUUCAGGUGUGCUGCAUCAUUUUAGCAUGAUACUAAAUUAUAUUUUGCUUCUAUGACAAAAGUGUGAUCUGCAAGGUUUCCCAUACAUCUCAAGUAUAUGUAUAUUUAAUAGUAACAAAAUAUUUUGCUGUUCAAAUGUUAUUAAAAGAGCAUUUGUUUAUAAUUAUUACUAUUAUUUCAGAGCAAGAACAGGGGAGGUCGUGGUGUUUGAUUUAAGAGCAAAAUGCAGGUUGAUAACCUGUUAAUGUGCACUAUUAUUUUGAAAAGAGGAACCAUAACCAUGUAUAUCAUCACAGAAGUACAGUCAUCAAUAUCAUUUUCAGUCAUUAUUUAAAGAGGCAUAUUUGUGCUAUUUGCCAACCUAUCUUCUGGUCAUCAUAAAGCUGGGUUGUGAGUACAGGCAAUAUAACAAUUAUUGAUGAUCCUAACUAUCCUCAAACUUAGCAGCUUUGCUUAAAACAUUUGUAAAUAUUUUUUUUAAAAAAACAUAGGUGGCUGUACCCCUUGACUUCAGUAAUAAAGACCUUGAAAUGCUGUUUCAAA